GCCUGAGGCGAAUGACCCCACUCUGCCGCCACCCAAUCGCACGCAGUCCUAGGGUUUUCUCGCCCUACUACGGAAAAACCAAAAAAUUCCCAGCAAACCGUGACCUUGACCCUCCGGAUUACGAACUGUACCCAGAGUCCGUGAUCACGUCUCUAAGUCGCCAAUAUGUCUGGAGGAAAGCCCCGUGGUCUUAACGCGGCCCGCAAGCUGCGCAACAACCGUCGCGAGCAGCGUUGGUCCGAUCUUCACUACAAGAAGAGGGCUCUCGGCACUGCCUUCAAGUCCAGCCCCUUCGGUGGUUCUUCCCACGCCAAGGGCAUUGUGCUCGAGAAGGUCGGCGUUGAGGCCAAGCAGCCUAACUCCGCUAUCCGCAAGUGUGUCCGUGUCCAGCUCAUCAAGAACGGCAAGAAGGUCACUGCUUUCGUCCCCAACGAUGGUUGCUUGAACUUCGUUGACGAGAACGACGAGGUCCUCCUCGCCGGUUUCGGUCGCAAGGGCAAGGCCAAGGGUGAUAUUCCCGGUGUCCGCUUCAAGGUCGUCAAGGUCUCUGGUGUCGGUCUCCUCGCCCUCUGGAAGGAGAAGAAGGAGAAGCCCCGCUCUUAAGCGUAUCGUUGCUUCGAGCAGGCAAACGGGCACGGUUCAUUAUGCGGAGUCUAUUUACAACGGCAUUUUGGUUUUGGGUUUAAGGGAUACCUGAACUCUCAUGGUAGUAAUGAUCCAACAGAAAGCAGGUCAUUAAUUGCCAAAAGAAAUCGUGCUUCCC